AUGGCGGUUGACUCUCCCAAAAGCUCCAAGCGCAAGGCCUCGGAGGAGGCGGCUUCCCCGGACUCUCAGCAGCAACACAGCAAGAAAGCGCGGACAGAUUCCCCCGAGAAAGAGGUUGGUGUCGCCGCACAGAGUGAGAUGGGAUGUUUGUCUGACAACUGUGUAGGAAGAUGGCCCUCUACGAAAACCACCACUGCGGAUCGUCCCUUUUCCCGAGAAGGUGAGCCUCGCCCAUCCAGUUUCACGCGCCACCAGGUUAACAUCAAACAGCCCGCCGUCCUCGAGGAGCGCCGGGGUGACAUCGAGUUUCGGGUCGUCAAUAACGAUGGAUCACACGACAGCUUCAUUGUCCUGACAGGACUGAAGUGUAUCUUCCAAAAACAACUCCCGAAAAUGCCCAAGGAUUAUAUUGCCCGACUCGUCUACGACCGAUCACAUUUGUCGAUUGCAAUCAUCAAGCACCCACUAGAAGUUGUUGGAGGGAUCACAUAUCGACCAUUCAAUAGCCGCAAGUUUGCGGAAAUCGUGUUCUGUGCGAUUUCUUCCGAUCAGCAGGUCAAGGGCUACGGCGCACACCUGAUGUCUCACUUGAAGGACUACGUGAAGGCCACGUCUCCGAUCAUGCACUUCCUAACAUAUGCAGACAAUUACGCCAUUGGAUAUUUCCAAAAGCAAGGAUUCACCAAACAGAUUAACCUGGACCGGUCGAUCUGGAUGGGAUAUAUUAAAGAUUACGAGGGGGGCACCAUCAUGCAGUGCACCAUGCUUCCCAAGAUCCGGUACCUCGAAGUGGGUCGUAUGCUACUCAAGCAAAAGGAGACCGUGCGGGCCAAGAUCCGCGCAUUCAGCCGAUCCCAUAUCAUCCACCCGCCGCCCAAGGAGUGGAAGGGCGGAGUGGUCAAGAUCGAUCCACUGAGCAUUCCCGCAAUCAAGGAGUCCGGAUGGUCACCGGAUAUGGAUGAAUUGGCGCGCCAGCCCCGCCAUGGACCGAACUUCAACCAGCUGUUGCAUCUGUUGAAUGACAUGCAGAACCACAGCGCCGCCUGGCCAUUUACGCAGCCGGUCAACCGUGAUGAAGUGCCGGAUUACUACGAGGUGAUCCUGGAGCCGAUGGAUCUGUCAACGAUGGAGGAGAAGCACGAGAAAGACAUGUAUCCGACGCCGCAGGAUUUCCUCAAAGAUGCCUCGUUGAUCUUUGACAACUGCCGGCGGUACAAUAACGAGACUACGCCGUAUGCGAAGAGCGCCAACAAGCUGGAGAAAUUUCUGUACCAGCAAAUUCGCAAUAUUCCCGAGUGGUCGCAUCUGGCGGACGGGCAUUGA